AGGCGCCCGCCGGCUCCAGACGCAUCGCGGCGGCUCCGGCUGAAGCAGCACACGGAGGAGCAGCGGGAGAAGGGAGAAAAGAAAGGAAGGAAAAAUAGCCAAAACCUUAAAACCAAGACGCCUCAACUUCCCUCCAGCCGUCCCAGCCCUACAGCCAUGCACAGUCACCCCGCCGGCGUCCUGCUGCUGCUCCUCGCUCUCUGUGCCCUCCUGGAAGAUGGUAUGGGUCGCCCUUCGCUGGAGUCCCAGCUGGCCGCAGCCAGCACCACGCACCCCAGGACCAAACGAUGCUCCUGCAACAGCUGGCUGGAUAAGGAAUGCAUUUACUUCUGUCAUCUGGAUAUCAUCUGGGUCAACACACCUGGACACACCGCUCCCUAUGGCUUGGGAAGCCCGCCAAAGCGGCGCAAGAGGUCGCUCGGCAGGUGCGAGUGCUCGCACUCCAGGGACAGCGUCUGUGCCACCUUCUGCCAGGCCAAGCCUGGGUACCUCCUGAGUCUGAAGCUCCCAGUGAGCUCUGGAGCAUCGGUGAAGUCUCUGCAGAAUGGUGACAAGAAGCCUUCCCAUCAUGACCUGCUGAGAGCUCUCAGGGAUCUCGCCAUCUCGAGUCUGCGGUUCAGCAAGCGUCAGCACCGUUCUUGGAGGAGCGCACAGCCAACAGUUUUGCCUUGGAAGAAAAACAUCUGGAAGAAGAAGAGAUAAGAAGCAGGUGCAUACCAAGCUCAGCAGAAGAAUCUGGAGUCCUGUGGGUGCCACUAACUCCGCUGUCGGUAGUUAGAGCUGAAGGAAAGGCCGUGAGUGGAAGGGGAAGAAGUCAAGUCUCCAUGCUCCUGUUGCGUGAACCAGUACUGCAUGCACUCCAGAGGCUGUUGUAAAGGGAAAAUGGUCUCUAUAUACAGUCAUAGAUGUGUCGUGGAGCUGAAUUGUGCCUUUUUGGAUCAGGCAAGGGUCUUGCCGGAGGAGUACGAGCUUAACUCUGCACUGGAGUCCUAGGCAGAGGGGCAGCCUGCGCUGGGUGGCUGAAUUGCUGACAAAGCAGAUGGUUCUGAGCAGUUCUGGACCUGGCAGCACUGAGCCCGUGUUGCUGGCCCGGUCUCCUCUGCUUGUGGGCUGUGUUUGAGAGUGGUUCCAGCCUGGCCCCGUUCAGAGGUGGUUUGGCUGGUCAUUGCAAAUGGGGGAUAAAAUGCCUCCAGUGUGAGCCCACCUUUGCACUUCUUUAUCUUACGUGUCAGACAGUGCGAUGUGCAUAUCCCAUGGUAAAACAGCUCCCAGUUUUGAUUAAAAAAUAUAUAUAUAUAUAACCAUCUAGAAGCCUGAAAGCCAACUGGGUAGUCAGUGGCCCUCUUUGGCUGAGAAACUUGCCAAAGGGCUCUUGUUUAGGUGGAGGAGAGCUUGCUGACACUGGAGCUUGCAUCAAAUCCAAGCAUGACCAGCCAUCAGGCGCAGCACAGAGGGACACAAACUGGAGCUGUAUUUCUGCAGGACCCCCUGCACACAGCCCCAUGUACCCCCAGGAGGGACCCCGCAGGGUCCGAGGCAAAUCCAAGCUGCUAGUCUGGAUGAGUUCAGUGCUGGGGAUCUGUCUCAUCUCCUUGGACAUCCCCUUGGUGGGGUAGAGUGCUUCCAGCUCUUGGCCUAAUAGCCCAGCUUGCUUUCAACUCUGCCUGAAAGGAGAAGUGAGAGGCAGAGGAGAUGGGUGGUGGGGAAAUAGCUCACAAAGGCUUGCUUGCCGCUUUGCUUAGAUCAGGUCUCUGAGUUGGGAUCUAUAGUCAAUAAAUGACCAGUAUAUGGAUAGUGCGUCACUAUGAGGAGUGUAACCUUAAUAGAGAAUGCAUUAGGCAAGGGGCAGCCAGGUGGAAUGGGUGUGGAGAAAAGGGUCACAAAGAGAGCACAGUGCUGUCUGCACAGCUUUAGAAGAAAAGCUUGGCUUUAAACCCAUGCUAGAAUGGUGGCUGCUUCCCUGGGCCUGGACCAACAGGAGGGAAGGAAUAAUUUGGAGAAAACACUGAGCCCAGGACCUAGAAACCAAUCUUGUAGGCAAACACCAUCGCGAGGCUCCGGAGUUGUAUCACAAAUACACUUUUGUUUGCCUGGGCAGAUUAACUUCUAUUAUAAAUUGUGGCUGCAGCUGUCAUCUGGUUUGUGCAGAUAAAUAAUUGCUCUCUUGGAACCACUGCUGGGUCCCUCUUGCUGCCCAAUCCAGUAUUACACAGGAGCCUUUAAUAAGGGCUGCUUGAAGUUGGUGGUGGACCAAAAUCUGUGGCUGUUGCAAGUGUAGUCCCAUUGGACAUACAAAAUACUUCCUUGAUUCUGCUUUAAGUCCUAGAGAGAGAAAAAAUGAGACCAAUUGAUUGUAUCAUAAAUGAAACAGCAAACUAAUCAUUUGGUCCCCAAAGCUGCAGAGAAACUUGUUUUAUAUUUGACAUUCUGAAGGUUUGAGUCAUUCUAAAACCAAAAAUCCUGAAAGGGUUUGUUCCAAAGGAAACUUUGCACAUGAUUUAAUGUGAGCCUGUUAAUUUAAAGUAAAACUACUGCUGUAAAGUACUAUGUAUAUCUCCCUGUGUAUAUAAUGUCUUAUCUUUAAGUGACUUGUUGCACAAUGCCAUAUGUAGCAUACUGAAAUCUGUAUAUUUAUUUAAACCUAUUGAUUUUUUUUUGAUAGCAAUUUGCAAAAUUUAAUUUGUAAUAAAUAAUGACAAAAGUCAA